AGAGAUGGGAGUGUGUUACUGGUGCAGGUUACAGGAAUGGGAGUGUGUUACUGGUGCAGGUUACAGAGAUGGGAGUGUGUUACUGGUGCAGGAGCUCUGCUGAGAGGGCCUGCAGAGGGGUACAGAGAUGGGAGUGUGUUACUGGUGCAGGUUACAGGAAUGGGAGUGUGUUACUGGUGCAGGUUACAGAGAUGGGAGUGUGUUACUGGUGCAGGAGCUCUGCUGAGAGGGCCUGCAGAGGGGUACAGAGAUGGGAGUGUGUUACUGGUGCAGGAGCUCUGCUGAGAGGGCCUGCAGAGGGGUACAGAGAUGGGAGUGUGUUACUGGUGCAGGUUACAGGAAUGGGAGUGUGUUACUGGUGCAGGUUACAGAGAUGGGAGUGUGUUACUGGUGCAGGUUACAGAGAUGGGAGUGUGUUACUGGUGCAGGUUACAGGAAUGGGAGUGUGUUACUGGUGCAGGAGCUCUGCUGAGAGGGCCUGCAGAGGGGUACAGAGAUGGGAGUGUGUUACUGGUGCAGGUUACAGGAAUGGGAGUGUGUUACUGGUGCAGGUUACAGAGAUGGGAGUGUGUUACUGGUGCAGGUUACAGGAAUGGGAGUGUGUUACUGGUGCAGGAGCUCUGCUGAGAGGGCCUGCAGAGGGGUACAGAGAUGGGAGUGUGUUACUGGUGCAGGUUACAGGAAUGGGAGUGUGUUACUGGUGCAGGUUACAGAGAUGGGAGUGUGUUACUGGUGCAGGUUACAGAGAUGGGAGUGUGUUACUGGUGCAGGUUACAGAAAUGGGAGUGUGUUACUAGUGCAGGAGCUCUGCUGAGAGGGCCUGGAGAGGGUUACAGAGAUGGGAGUGUGUUACUGGUGCAGGAGUUCUGCUGAGAGGGCCUGGAGAGGGUUACAGAGAUGGGAGUGUGUUACUGGUGCAGGAGUUCUGCUGAGAGGGCCUGGAGAGGGUUACAGAGAUGGGAGUGUGUUACUGGUGCAGGUUACAGGAAUGGGAGUGUGUUACUGGUGCAGGAGUUCUGCUGAGAGGGCCUGAAGAGGGGUACAGAGAUGGGAGUGUGUUACUGGUGCAGGAGUUCUGCUGAGAGGGCCUGAAGAGGGGUGCAGAGAUGGGAGUGUGUUACUGGUGCAGGUUACAGAGAUGGGAGUGUGUUACUGGUGCAGGUUACAGGAAUGGGAGUGUGUUACUGG